CCUACUAAGCAUGUGCCCCCAGCAGAGAAACGAGGCCUUCCUGACUCUCUCGACGAGGAACACCUCUACUCCCUCCUGUCCAUCGAGCCAUCCAAGCGGUACAAGUUUGACCUGGCCAACUUCCGCACACCCUCGGGCUGCCUCUACUGCUCCACCUGCGACCUUUCCCUUGGGGAAGAGCACCAGUUUCUCCUGCACCUCUCGAGCCGCAAGCAUCAGGACAAAGUGAUGGGCUGGAGGAGAAAGAACAAGAGGAAGACCACAACCACCUCCACCACCACCUUUGUCGGCUCAAGCACCGCGUCUGGCGGAGGGGCUAAAAGUAAAAGUGCCAGCAGCAGCAUCAGUCGUGCUCUGUCCGAGUUCGAUGCCUUGGUCAGUUCUUUGUCUCGAGGAUUGUGAGUUAGGACGCUGGCUGCUUUGUGGAGUUUGAGAAGCUAACGGUUCUGUGAAGAGUUGGGGAGGCUAGCGGUUCUGUGAAGAGUUGGGGAGUCUAGCGGUUCUGUGAAGAGUUUGAGAAGCUAGCGGUUCUGUGAAGAGUUGGGGAGGCUCGCGGUUCUGUGAAGAGUUGGGGAGGCUCGCGGUUCUGUGAAGAGUUGGGGAGGCUAGCGGUUCUGUGAAGAGUUGGGGAGGCUAGCGGUUCUGUGAAGAGUUGGGGAGGCUAGCGGUUCUGUGGAAAGUGAGAUGUUUGCAUGAUGGUGGAGCCCAUUUCUGGAGAUGUCUGAAGAUGUCUGAACACACUUAGGCAUUUUUGGAGACGUCUGAACACUUCACGACAUUUCUGGAGACGUCUGAACACUUGAUGACAUUUUUUGAGGUGUCGGAACACUUCACGACAUUUUUGGACACUUCACGACAUUUUUGGAGACGUCUGAACACUUCACGACAUUUUUGGAGAUGUCUGAACACUUCACAACAUUUUUGGAGCUCAGCACUUCACAUUUGUGGAGAUGCCUGAACACUUUACGACAUUUUUGGAGACGUCUAAACACUUUACGACAUUUUUGGAGACGUCUAAACACUUUUCAACAUUUUUGGAGAUGUCCGAGUCUGAACACUUCACGGCAUUUCUGGAGACACCUGAGACGUUUAAACACUUUACGACAUUUUGGAGACGUCUGAACACUUUAUGAUAUUUUUGGAGUCGUCUGAACAUACUACGGCAUUUCAGUGCUUCGGGCCCACAGUCACUUAGUAUUUAUUAAGUGGGUCAGGGGAAAUGUGUAUUUGAAUCCUGCCUGCAAUGAACCGAUGGUUGUUUAUGUGGUCAAUGGCUGGAGUGCUUGUAGACCAUAGGUUUUGUGGUCAAUGGCUGUAGUACUGUAAGUGGACCAUAGGUUGGUGGCUUGGAACUCCCAACUGAACCAUGUCAUAGCUGACCCAACUGGUGGGUGUGUGGUGAGCGUGUGACUCACGCGUUGGCGUGUGACUCACGCGUUGAUGGCGUGUGACUCACGCGUUGAGGGCAUGUGACAGGUGUGUAGUAGGCAUGUGAUAUGUGUGUAGUGGUCGUGUACUGAGUGGAGUUGUCAAAGCUCUCAGAUAUCUCCUGCAACAGAGAGCAGGCUGAAAAGCUUUGGCAAGGACUUUUGUAGUAAAAAUUACCGUAGAUAGAUCUAUAUUCUUCAAACUGUGAUACAUUCCUUGAUCAUCAUUUGUCAGCAUUUCUCUUUGCAUUGAUGAUUUGUCAACUUGUCUUUGUCUUGAUGGCUUAUUUAAUUUGUUUGGCUUGAUUGUCAUUUGUUUGAAUUUAUGUUUGCUUUGAUAGUCAUUUGUCUGCAUUUAUCUUUGCUUUGAUAACCAAUGCCUGGUUAUGUAUUUAUCUUUGCUUUGAUAACCACAUAUAUGCCUUGUUGUGUAUUUAUCUUUGCUUUGAUAACCACGUAUAUGCCUGGUUAUGUAUUUAUCUUUGCUUUGAUAACCAUAUAUAUGACUGGUUAUGUAUUUAUCUUUGCUUUGAUAACCACAUAUAUGCCUGGUUGUGUAUUUAUCUUUGCUUUGAUGAUUUAUUCAUCUGCUUUUCUUUUUGCCUGUAUACAAAUAUAGUAAUUUGUCUCUAUUUCUGUUUGUUUUGAUAGCCAUACGUUUGUACUUUGCCGUGGUAGUCAUUUGUGUGUAUUUUUCUUUGCCUUUGACUUUUGUCUGUUUAUUUCUGUUUCCCUCGUUGAAUGGCUACGUGUGAUUGUAUAGAUAUAAUAUUUAUAUAUUUCAUUGAGAUCUACCCUGAUAUUUGUUUGUUUAACAAGAUCUAAGAGUUUUUGCAUGACUAACUGACUAACUGCAUGAAGUUUUUUUGAAAUUAUUUUGUUUUGUUUUUCUCUGCUUGUUGUAAGUUGUUGACCAGGGCCUGUGGUGUACCCAGUGUAGGAGUUGGGCGCUUCGCUGUCGCAUACAAGAGACCUGAGUUUGAUACUUGAAUAGGGAGAAAUGUUAUCGAGUGUCUCGCUCGGCCUUUCUGCUGGGAUGUUGUAUCCCUCUCAGUCUCAGUCAGCUUGCUAUUGCCAUACCACAAAUCAUAAUGGCUGUAAUUGUUUCACCCUCUGUUGUUAUUGAUUUUCUGUCUGUCUGUCUUGCUUUUUCCCCUUCAUCAAAUGGCUGUAAUUGUUCCGAUGUUGUUUUCCUAAAAAGAAAAUUGUUUCAUGCCCUUGCUCGGAAUUGAAUUGGUUGGCAUAAAAACCCUAAUCCUGACCCUAACCCUUAUUGAUGAAAUCUUUGUGGGAGUUAGCUCUCUAUUCAACAAAAGUUGAAUUCUUCCCAGAUUUUGUAAGAAACCUGGAUUCACCUGUAUUUCUCUUGAGCACAAAGUUCUCUUAACAUUUUGAUGCCCCAGAGAGUUACAAAGUUCUAUUUGCUCAGUA